GACGAUUCAAUAUGUUUCAAGGUUUCUUUUAUUUUAAAUUGUCGUUUAUCAUCGGCAAGAUUCUGUGGAAGUCGCGUGGGAAUUUACUCGCGAUGUAAAAUUAAAGUUUAUGAUUUAUAUUAUUUGUUCUGAUGUUUCGUAGAUAACAUGUUUUUAUGUAAAAUCAUUUCCAUUUUUAUCAACGGUCGAGAAGAAUAUUAGUCGAUAAUGUCUAGAUCUUUAAUUAUCCCCAGGCUCUUUAAAAAAAAGACAAGCGGAAAGAAAAUUAGAAAAACUGAAAAGCUGAGUAUAACGAACUCGUUGCAGCAAUUUUGUUUUCACUUACAAAAAUAUAAAUCUUUUGCACUGAUAUAAUAGAUUUAAUACGAAAUUUUGUAGCAUCUCCUUUUCUUUUUUUGUCAGACGGUUGUGUGUACAAAUCGUAAAGUCUUGUUUUCUUUGGUAACUAGACGCUUGAAAAAAAGGGAAACACUUGCCAACGGAUGACAUUACGCGGCAAUAUUUAGGAUAGACAAUAAUAGAAAUCAACACAGUAUUAUACGGAAGGUUAGCGGAGUCAGGACUGCUUUCAAUAUGUACAAGUGUUAUAAUAAUCUGUUUGAUAUAAAUAUAAAUAAUAUAACUGGCAAAUUUUUCAGUAUGGACAAUAACGAGUAAUGAGACUCAAUCAGGUUUUGCUGUUUAGAGAGAAAGAGAGAGAGGAAGAAAGCUAUAUUGAUCUUAGAAUCAAAGAAUUAUCUUGUAAAACAAUUUUUUAACGCACCUGAUAAGAGCGAAGAGAGGAAAAAAUGUUAAAGCCAGGCUCGCACGAUAGUACUAAAAAAAUUGUGGAGGCACAGGUGAUCGCCGCGAUGCAGAAGCAAGGAUACACUUUGAACGCUGUAAACAACUACGAUGAGAAUCUGCUGCAUGUAAGCGCGGCGAACGGUUGUCUCGGGAUCGUGAGGGAAAUUUUGGACCAGAAGGAGAACUGCCGUGUCGUAGAUAGGAAGAAUAAAUUUGGCUGGACUCCGCUGAUGCAAGCAAUUCGUAAUGGGAAUGUCGACACUGUGAAAUUACUUUUAGAGAAAAACGCCGGCGUUAAUCAAAUGACUUAUCUCGGUAUGUCAGUCCUCGCAUUAGCCGCUGCGAUAAGUAAGGAGAUGUUCGAAACGGUGUACAACGCCUGCCCGGACGCAUUGGCGAGCACAGUUAAUGAUGACAUUACUCCACUAUGCGUGGCUGCCAUGAAGAACGACAAGGAGCUGUUCCUAAGACUAUUGGAAUUAGGCAUGCCGUCCUCGACUACCAAUGGGUACACUCGCACCAUGAUGAAACGUUCCACGGUACCGGAAAUAGCCACUUUGGCGACCGAAGAACUUCCCACGGAUGACUAUUGGAAUGAUACGUCGGAUAACAUCGAAGUGUUAAGCGAACAGGACAUUGAUAGUACGACGGAGGAUCGUUCUACUUUAAAUGACGACCAGAGUAAAGGAGAAAAACUCAAGCUGCACCUGUUAACCGUAGUUAGGGAAUCCGACAAGCAAAUAUCACCGAACUUAACGUACGACAUGUUUAUGUUUCCGAAAGUCGCCGAUUUUGAGAAGGGCAGUUUUAUAGAGAAAUCAGAUAUUCUUUCCCAAAAUGCAAACGAAGAUUCAACGGAAAAUGAUUUGGAAAAACGUUCUGCGACGAGCAAGGAUCAGCCUGAAUCAUCUCUGGCUGUACUUCAAAGAUUACAGUCGGUACGACCUACGGAUAUUGACAUGAAGAAUCUCUCGUGCAAUUUUAAUGCCACUCUCGGGUUCACGCCCGAAUUCAGCCCAGUCAAAUCGCCCCAUGUGCCUCCGGACGUUAACGAGGAGGACGUGUUUGGCGAAAAUACCCCGACGCCGCCGCGUUGCAAAACGCCACCGAAAGGAAUGCUCUUGAACUGGCCACAGACGAAAAUGAUUAUGGUACUAAAACGUUUCGGACUCAGCCACCACAGCUCUGUAUUUCUCAAAGAAGAAGUGGACUUUGACCUAUUUUUAACACUUAAGGAUAAAGACUUGAUAGAGAUCGGUAUCGAGUACGAAAGAGACAGACGCGACUUGCUGGAGGCAAUAAAGGAAUGUAUUAACCAUAAAACAUAUUAAUAUUUGAUCAUUUUUAUUUAUACGAAUUGAUACGAAUACAAUUUGUUGCUGUUUUUUAAUCGGAAAUUUUAACGCAUUAUGAUCUUUCUGCUUAUGUGUGUUC